CGCUGAUUCAAGAUGGCGGCGCCCAUCCUGCGAGGCGUGAGGCAGUGUGGCUGGAGCUUGCGCGGCGUGGGACGAGGAGGCCUAAGCGAAGCGGCCCGGAGGGAGAUCAAUUUCAAACUAGAUGAGAAGACUGCCCACAGUACCUUGGAUUUGUGUAAAAAGGACACUGGCGUCAUUUACCGCAUGUUGGGGAUUGACCCCACUAAAGUUCCUCCGAACCCUGAACGCUUCAAGGACUGGGCUGUAAUCCUGGGCAACGCCAUUGUGUCCAGUGGCUGCCAUUACUGGGAAGUGACUGUUAAAUUGUCACAGCAGUUCCGCAUUGGGGUGGCCGAUGUGGACAUUUCCCGAGAAGUUUGCAUUGGCAUGGAUGAGAGCUCCUGGGUCUUUGCUUAUGCAGACCGGCACUGGAAUGCCAUGUUUGCCAACGAGACCACUCCCAUCAGCAACAUUGGCAAGCCAGAGAAAGUGGGUCUACUUUUGGACUAUGAAGGCAAGAAAUUGAGCUUGAUCGAUAUUAGCAAAUUUGUGUUUAUCCACAGCAUGUAUGCUGAAUUCAAAGGCCCCGUGGUGCCUGCUUUUGCCCUCUGGGAUGGUGAACUCUUAACUCAUUCAGGCCUUGAUGUACCUGAGAAGCUCAAGAGCAACUAAAAACCUCUAAAGAACAAUGAUGGAUUUUCAGAGGAUUAUCUGCCUGAGAGACUGGACCGUUCAGAUUGCAACAUAACAAUGGAAGACAUUUCCCUUUGACAAUAUCCUUGCCUGAUAAGGAAAUAGAAUUUUAAACUGUCCAACUUGUUUUUCCCAGAGAAAAAGAUCAGACCUCUAGAUACCAGAUUGAAACGUAUCCCUGUAUAUAUAGCAUUAAAAAAUAAGUCAUGGAACUCAGCAAGAGGGUACAUUUAAACUUUCUGUGUGUGGGGGCAGGUCCAUUUGAACUCAAAAGUAAUUUGAGGUUGGUUGUACACAAAAAGUGCUUCAGAAGACAGGUCUAAAAUAACAAGUUUCUUUCUUGACAACUAUUUUUGUAUAUGAUUCGCCUCAAAAUGUGUUGCCAUUAUCUCAGGACGGGAAACUUCUCACCUUCCAGAUGUAGUUAAGCUUCAUCCCUCAUGAGCCCUAGCCAGCAUACCUACUAAUCAAGGAACUGGUAGUCCAAGAACAUCUGAUACACUCAUGCUGUAUUCAUGUCUUUUAAUUAAUUGAAAAGACUCCUAAUCUCCAUUGCAGGAAUCUGCUUAAGCUUUGGAGUUGGAAAAUAAGAAACGCCCACUGUCAGUAGGCUUCUCGGUACAAUGCAUAGCCACUGCUGCCCUCUGCUGAUCUGGUUAAAGGCAUUUACUACCAUUGAGAAACUCUUACACUUCUAAACACCAGUUUCAUAGGAAUUACUUCAUUACACUAACCAAAAUUCCUGCAUUCCAUAAUAUCCAGGGUUGCCUUUACCGGAAUCUGUCAACUAUUUAAUAUAAAACAGCCAGUUUAGAUCUACAACUGUGUAAGCCUAAGUGAUGGGAAGGAAAUAAGACAGGCAGAUGAAGGAUACAAUUACCCACAAUUAAACUAUUCAUGUUUUCUUAUUAUACUCAUUUAUAUCCUGUUUUUUCCCCCAAGUUUGGGAGUGAUGAAGACUGGGACAUCUCUGAAAUGUACUACAUUGUCAAGUUCUCUAGAUAUUCAUUUUAUGGAAAAUAAUCAAGAAAGGGGAGCUAUUUUGAAGAGCACCUCAUGCAUGAAAAAUAUAAAUAAAAAUGAAGUUGUCUCACACAAUGUAUUGUCAACUGGUGAUGCCCUAGGUUGCUUGGUGUGACCGGUGUUUUUUCCUAAAGCAUACAUUAGUUCUUUAACAUAAAAGUACUGUACCACUUGAGACUUAGAUUUAAGAAGCUUAUGAAGUCUGCAAUGACAUCAGUUUGAUUAUACAGCAUGUAUGAAAUAUUAUGCAGCUUCAAGGUUUGAGUGGCAAACUGGAUGUUCUUUUAGCAGCAAUAUUGUUCCUUCUUAACAGAGAAAAGCUCAGAGAAAAUGACACUGCUCCCUGGCAGUGACGUCGUCUCUGAUUAAAAAUAUAUUCUCAUUUUCUGUA